AUCAAAGUGGCAUACAGUCUUCCAGUAUGUGGAGAUGGCUUUGGAGGACUCAGCUCCCUGUCCCAACUGUGGGAACAGCAUUUUGAAGAAAUGGGCAUUUUGCCGACACUGCGGAAUCGCAUUGAACUCCAUAACUGGUGCUCUGUGGGAACCUGUAGCUGAACCGCUUGCAGUCAGAUCCAGGUUUCAUGUUGAUGCUCCAGACUUGGUGUCCAAAGUUCAAGACCAGGAGUUUCCGUCUGAAUGGAGCAAAAGGCCCGAGAUGCACUGGGAGAAGUCUCCGUUGCAUUUCUUCCCAGCUGAGAUAGAGAAGCAGAUUGCCUCGUUGGAGCAACGUGUUGCCCAGAUGACUGAGGGGGACAGUACGCGAAUGCGGGUUCUCUUGGAACAGACCACGUGCUUGGAAGAAGGUUUGCAAGCAAUAAGAGUUGCCCGAGAGAUACACGAUGAGCGGAGGAGAAAGGAACUGCAAAUGGUCCAGGGCAGCUUUGACACGGACCUAAAGAAGGCGGUGUCCGAAAGGAUUCAACUCGAAUCAUCGUUACAGGAGAAAGGAAAGGCCAUGCUUGAGGAUUGCAGGGCUGACCUGGUGAAGGAAAGUGCUCACAAAGGGUCGGUGCAGGACGAACAUGUGCGUGAAAUCGGGGAGGAGGUGCAGAGGCUUCAUGCUCUCUUGGAAAAACAGCACCUGUCCAGAGUUGAACAAGGAGAACAGAUUCUGCUCAAGCUGGAGUCGAACUUCCAGCAGCUUCAACAUGAUCUGGAGACUGAGCAGAAACUGCGUUUUGAAGCAGAGGGCAUGAUGCUGCGAAUGGUGGAGGAUGUUUGUGGCCGCUUGCAUGGGGAGAUCCAGCAGGAGCGACAGAAGAGGGAAGCCGUUCAGAGCAAGUUGCUGGGGUUGUUGGAAGACACUUGCACUCAAAUUGAGAAAAGCUUCUCUUACCUCACUGAGUCCAAAGGUUUCUGACUCUGUGGUUUCAUCUGACCCUGCCUGUUGCAUACUAUUUGGGGCUGCGCAAGUGGGCAAAUAGAAC